CAAUUAUCGUGGCCCUCCUCCAGCAACCGCAAUGGACUGCACGUCCCUCCUGCGUUGCCUCUAACCCCCCUCGCUCCUGUUCCCGGCUUGAGUUUCGAUGCCCAGAUCAGUAUUGCUUCUGUGUCCCGUUUUGCCCUGUCGUUGCAGGGUUCUCUUGAAAUCUCCACUCAAUACUUUGACCUCUGUCAGAAAAAUAAUGCCGGGUGCUCGAUAAUCAUUACUACGUUCGAAUAUGGCAACCUAUGAGUCGAGAAAUGAACGCGAUCAACGAGUUGUCAAGAUCUGGGAGGCGUUGGAUACCCGCAGGGAAGGCCAGAUCGAUUUCAAUGGUCUGAAGAAGGGCCUGAAGAAGAUUGAUCAUCCUCUCAAAAAUGCAGAUGGUAUGCUACGUGAGGUGUUGCAGGCGGUUGAUACCAAUGGAGAUGGACGUAUAGACUACGCUGAAUUUCGAGCCUUUGUCGAUUAUGCCGAAAACAAACUCUGGCCGCUAUUUCGGACCAUCGACUUCCAUGAAACGGGCAGAUUCGACAAAGAUGCGCUGAAGUUGGCGUUUGAGAGAUCCGGCGUGACUGUAUCUAGUGCUAGGAUAGACGAGUUUUUUGAGGAUGUCGACAAAAACAAAGAUGGAGUUAUCACAUAUGCAGAGUGGAGGUAUUGCACCCGAUCUUUAAAUGAAAAAGAGACUAUAACUGCGCAACCGACCGCUGAUCGACUUGCUUCAAGGGAUUUUCUUCUUUUCCUUCCCGCCCAUUCGUCAUCCGACCUGCAUGCUGUUCUAUCAUACUUCAAGAUCACGGGAAAUGUAAAUCUGGAUGGAGAUGUCCAGAUGAAUAAACAGGGGGGCUUAGGUACAGCAAAUUCGUUUCCUAGUCAUUAUUUCCAGGCCAUGAGGGAUCUCCUGUACAGCAUCUUCCCAGUAUACGCCCUGACCACCGUUGUGCCAUCAGCUUACGCGGAGACCGGCGGGUGUGCAGAACCGGGGCCCGCACUGCGGAGCGAUGAUAUCGCCCCUUUGGACGCGGAUCUCGAAUUGGAGUGGCUGCCUGUACCCAUGGCUGUCGCUAUAGUGUUGUCCAUCCGAUAUUAUAAACAGAAGUUGACGGAGAACACUCCUCAAUUAGGUUAUUUCGUUGCUGGCGGAAUCGCAGGUGUUGUAUCAAGGACAGCCACCGCUCCUCUCGACCGUCUGAAGGUUUAUCUCAUUGCUCAGUCCGGCGUGAAUAAAGGGGCUGUCCGUGCUGCGAAGGAAGGGGCUACCUUGAAAGCAGCGGGAAGCGCGUCAAAAACAUUAGUCAACGCCGUUAAGGAUUUAUGGCGUGCCGGGGGUAUUCGAAGCCUGUUUGCAGGAAAUGGUCUGAAUGUGAUAAAGGUCAUGCCAGAAUCGGCCAUCAAGUUUGGCGGAUAUGAGUCGGCAAGACGCGCAUUUGCUCGCUUUGAAGGGCACAAUGACCCGAAGAAACUCAAGCCAACAUCACAAUUUCUGUCGGGUGGAAUUGGUGGAAUGGUGGCCCAAUGCUUCGUCUACCCCAUUGAUACCUUGAAGUUUCAGAUGCAAUGUUCAACAGUCGAGGGCGGCUUGAAAGGUAAUCGACUCAUAAUUGCUACCUUCAAGAAAGUGUGGAACAAACAUGGCCUGUAUGGCUUCUUUCGUGGCUUGCCUCUUGGUCUCACGGGAAUGUUCCCUUACGCAGCCAUCGACCUGACUACAUUUGAAUAUCUCAAACGUGCUGUUCUUGCCCGAAAAGCUCGCAAAGACCAUUGUCACGAAGAGGACGUCGUUCUCAGCAAUUUUACCACGGGAGCUAUCGGUGCUGUCAGCGGAGCAUUCAGCGCUUCCGUUGUCUACCCGCUAAAUGUUCUUCGGACCAGACUACAAGCUCAGGGUACCAUCUUGCAUCCUUCGACAUACACUGGUAUCGGCGAUGUUGCUCGCAAGACCGUUCAAGUUGAUGGCUUCCGUGGUCUCUAUCGUGGAAUCACGCCAAAUCUUAUGAAAGUUGCUCCCGCCGUGUCUAUUAGUUGGGUGGCUUAUGAGAACUCGAAAAGAAUUCUCGGGUUGAAAUGAAUUGCAAGACAGGCUGAGAUGCUGCUUCUUUGAGUUCACUGCUAGCCCACUGUUCUGCCCUUUCCAGCCAUACGGUAAAACCGAAGGAUCAUUGCAUUGCCUAUCCUUGAAACAUUUGCUUCUACGCCAUCUAUUUUGUCUAAGGCAUUUUUUUUAUUUAGAAUAUUCACCAAACGCCAAGAUACCCACUAAAGCCAUCGCUGUAAGAAUGGCACAGUUAUUUCACUUGGAUGGAGUCAGUCAAUACCUUUUCACUUCACUGCCACAAUUUUCACACAAGUUUUCUUCACGUACAUAUCUUGCUGUUAUUUGCCUUUGUGUUUUUUACUAUCCCCUUCCAGGAAGCAUCCCCUGGACACGGUUCAUUUUCACCAUUGUGGUCUUAAUACUUCGAUAACCCGCACUUUUGAGAGAGGAAUGCAAAGGCAGAUAGGGAAGUUAUGGAUGUACAACAACAGACAACAUACAUCCCACGAACUAGCAUGGCAAGGCGUCUCGUGGAGAAAUGCACAUUGUGAAAUUAUGGUUACUGUACUCUGUUGAUUUGUCUUUUGUCUUGUUGAAUCAUUGAGUUGUCUUUUGUCUACAAUGGUGUUAACUAGAACAAAGCGGUUCAUGUGUUUUUGACUGCCUAUAUAUGUUUGGACAUGGUGUUGUGCCAUCUUGCCUGUCAAAGCUAUGAAAUUAUAGAUUUUUUGAUUUUUUUUUAUUCUCUGGAUUCAUGAACGAAGAAGCCUCAAGUUAAACAAGACAUGCAUUAAGGCAUUGUUGGAAUGGUAUCUACAAUUUCCCAGCAGCAGCAGCAACAGCAUUCACCUCUUCAUCCUUAGGCAGAAUAUCAGGAACAGGACCGAUAGGUGUGAUCCCAAACUGAUUAAUCUGUACCUGACUCUUCGUAUAAUGCUUCUUGAUAUGUUCAAACUGCGUCGUCUCCCGGAACGCAGGGACAUCCCAGUACAACCUCCUCAACCAACGAUGAAUAGCGGGAUACCCAGAUCGAAUAUCGCGAACAUUACACUUGAAAUGCUGGACAUAAACAGGAUCGAAGCGGGCGAUGGUCACAUAAAGCCUGAUAUCAGCUUCUGUGAUGGUUGAGCCAAAGUAGAAGGCGUUCUCGCCGGAUUCAGCCUGUCGUUUGGCAAGAUGCGCCUCGAUCUUAUCCAGUGAGGAGAAGAGGGUCGUCACGGCCUUCUCAUAUGCUUCUUGGGUGGUUGCGAAACCAGAUUUGUAGACGCCAUUGUUGACGUCGUUGUAGGUCCAGUCGUUUGUGGCAUCGAUUUCGGAGCGCAGGGCGGAUGGGUAGGGGUCGACCGAUUUGUAUUUUUCUGGGAGGAGGUCGUCGAAUUCGUGAUAAAACAUGCGGAUUAUUUCGGAGCUCUGUUGUAUUCAUGGGCAUUUGUUUUUAACAGACAGAUUCUCUUCUAGGAAGCAGGCGGGGAGACGAACCUCAUUGUUAACGAUCUGCUUCGUCUUCUUGUCGUACAACACUGGAACCGUAAAGCGCCCCUUAUACUCCGGAUUAACAGAGAAGUAUAAUUGGCGAAGAUGAGUAAAUUCAGGAUGAAGAGGAUCGGGGACGGCAUUCUCCCCAGGUAAUUUCUCAUCGGGUGUUGCGAACCGCCAUCCUGCCAACAGCAUCAGCAUAGAUACGGACAGGCAUUUAAACAGAAUUAUUCUCACCAUUCUCGCCCAUAUGCCAAUGCACCGCCGUGAACGAUAUGAUGUCCUCAAGACCCUUGAGUUUCCGCGUAAUCAAGGUUCGAUGAGCUGCACGGAAUUAGCAAACCACCAUCUAACGCUCGUAACUACCCAAGACGAAGAAAAAGCCACACACACCCCAAGGGCAAGCAUAGGAUACAUAGAGAUGAUAGCGACCCUUUUCCGGCGGGAACUGCGCGCCAGGUUCUCUGGAGAUCCAGUUGCGGAAUACCGAUGGCAGACGCUUGAAUUCGCCUGUUUUGUCCUUGGGAUCGACCCAGUCGGUAAUUUUUCUGGGAGCUUCGGUCUACAUGAAGUCAAUAUCAUAAUUAGAAUAUUUGCGCAGAAAGAAACGGGGAUAAUACCGUCAUGGUGCGUGAGAAAAUAGCUAUUUGUGCGGGGAUGAUAUAGCUUUCGGGAGUCGAUCCGAAUGUCGCAGGUAUUCUUCUUGCUGCUGAUAAAUAACGAGUGAACAGUUGAAAUCGGAAGGGGGAAAAGAACAUAGGGGCUAG